CACGUGACCGCCUCACUUUGACUUCGAAGCGUUUUGUCGUACAGCAUUGCCUCCGAAGUUUAGAAACACUAUUUUAAGUUUGUCACUACUAGUCUGGAUCAAAUCUUUUCGUAUGGUAAUUAGUGAGAAGACGUGUUGCCGUGUAUUAAGUCGGUCCUAAGGAAAAAGUUGAAGAACAAGGCCAGAAACAGAGCUGAACUGGAGAAAGGCUUCCAAUCGGAUUACUCCAGCAUCGAGAGUUACCAGGCCAUGAUGGCCACAGAGGAGCUGUAUGAAGUUGAGAGAAUUGUUGGCAAACGUAAAAACAAGAAAGGUAAAAUGGAGUAUUUGGUUCGCUGGAGGGGCUAUACUUUUGAAGGAGACACUUGGGAGCCUGAAUCUAAUCUAAUCAGCUGCAUGGAGUUUAUAAACGAGUUUAAUCGUCAGCACAGUGAGCGGCCCGGUGACAUGGCCAGUGUGCGCUCUACACGCAGGUCUCCCAGCACAGCUGUGGGUUACACCUCCAUCAACAAUGCACGCAAGCAGAUGAACAGGCCUCAGCCUCACAACAGCAGUGCAACUGCUGCGUCUGCUCUGAGCACGCCUUCCACCAGUGUUACAAAACAACUGCAGCCACCACAGAAUGCACUGGAUAACAGGGACCUGGAUGCUAAAGCAGACACACAACAUCAGCCUUUUUUAUCCACUCCUACCGCCAGCACGUUACGCUGUAGUAUGGACCUGGUGAAGUCUGGAAUCAAAAUCUUAGUGCCAAAAAGCCCGAUGAACAGUCGAGCUGACUCUGAACAGUCUCCCAGCGAGGCAGCACACAGUCUGGAACAGGGCGGAGAGGAGCCCGACUCUGUCCCCCCUGAAGUGGCUGUGCAGGAGAAGUCUGCAGGACAUGUCCUUGUGCCUGGACAGGAGCGGGCACGCAUGGGCACACGGCCCAGAACACAGGCAGCUCUGCCUCCACCUCAAGUUCCUAUCACACCUGCUGCUGUCCGCACAUUGAACGGUAAAGGUGCAUCAACACUUAUGGAGGCCUCAUCAGCCAGUGGAUCAGCCAGUGUACAGAAUGGCACAGCAGGAGUGGCAGCUGGCUCGGGUGUAACAGGUGCAAUAGGCAAAAGGAGGAUUGAGGAACGCUCUGCCAUUGACAAGCGCCUGCGCUUCAGCGUUCGUCAGACGGAGAGUGCUUAUCGCUAUAGAGACAUUGUUGUGAAGAAACAGGAUGGCUUCACACACAUUCUGUUUUCUACCAAGACGUCUGAGAACAAUUCACUAAAUCCUGAUGUAAUGAAGGAGGUUCAGAGUGCCAUGGCAACAGCGUCAGCUGACGACAGCAAGUUGGUCUUACUGAGUGCAGUUGGCAAUGUGUUCUGUUUUGGCUUGGACUUCAUCUACUUAAUCAGACGACUUACGGAUGAUCGCAAAAGAGAAAGCAUCAAAAUGGCAGAAACCAUCAGGGCAUUUGUGAACACAUUUCUCCAAUUCAAGAAACCAAUUAUUGCUGCUGUAAAUGGACCUGCUGUUGGGAUUGGAGCCUCCAUCUUGCCCCUUUGUGAUGUUAUCUGGGCCAAUGAGAAGGCCUGGUUUCAAACCCCUUACGCCAUCUUUGGCCAGACACCAGAUGCGUGUUCCUCUGUAACGUUUCCUCACAUCAUGGGGGUUGCAUCGGCUAAUGAGAUGUUACUGAGUGGGAGAAAGCUGACUGCCCAGGAGGCGUGUGCUAAAGGCCUGGUAUCCCAGGUGCUAUGGCCAGGGACCUUCGCUCAGGAGGUCAUGGCUCGCAUUAGAGAGCUAGUCUCUUGUAAUUCAGUUGUUCUGCGGGAGUCCAAAGCGCUGGUGCGGAAUGUUAACCGAGCCGCCCUGGAGCAGGCCAACGAGAGGGAGUGUGAGGCACUAAAGAGGGUGUGGGGUUCCCCACAGGGAAUGGACUCCAUACUGAAAUACCUGCAGAAGAUGAAUGACUUCUGAGUUAAUAAAAGAACACACAAAUGUAUUCACUCACCAUUACACAGUGGACGUCGUUCACAAGUGCCUGAUGGGAAAGACGGGAGUCAUGAAUUUGAAAUGAUGGCAGUUGUAAAUCUCAGUAUUGACCAUGUUUAUACAUUUACCUGUCGAAAUAUGUUUCCUUUCUAAGGAAAAAGAUUUCAAUUUCGGCUGUAAAUUUUGCAGAGUACUUCGUUCUGGGGUUGUGUUUUUUUUUUUUUUUUUUUUUUAAAUAAAUACACAGCAACUUCCUCUGAUGACACUGAUGUGCAGUAUGUGCUGAAUCAUCCAGACAGGGCUCUCAGUUCAGGUUCUGUGCAGCUGAUUCCACCCCCACCCCCCCUCCAUUUUUUGUUCAUUUAGUACUCAUCUUCUUUAAGAAACUUUAGGAAAACAAUACUUUUGUUUUCUUCCUGCUGGAUUUGAGAAAAUAUUUAAAAUUUUUUAGCAGGUUCUGUGCUUAUAUUCCAUCAUGUUCACCGAUUAUCCUUGUUUCAGCACCCCGUUUCCAGCAAUGUGAGAAUCUCAAUCCGGUAGCCAACAGUGUUAAACUUUCAACUAUAAAAUUAGUUUAAAAAAAAGUUAUUUAUGCUUUAUGAACUGUAUUAAGUAUUUAUUGAAUAAUUGGAUAAUAAUUUCAGUGUGUUUUCCCUUUCAGUUGGUUCAUUGUAAAUUGAAUCGCCAGGUGGUGUAUUAUGUUAAGAAUCACUUUAAUUUCUCAUGACUGGUAAUAUUCGUUUAGCUUAUUGUAGAUUUUUCUACUAUAAAACACUUCACUGAUUUUA